UGUAAACACAUUUAUGAGAAUAAUAAACAUUUCUUCCUAAGAAAAUCCGUCUCAAACAGAAACGGAGGGCAAAUGGCAGCUGUUUCUUGAUCAUCAUCUCUCUCUCUCUCACUCCUUCGCUAAAUUCAAACCACUCACAAAACCCUGAACCCACGUUUUGCAGAGAAUGAUCAAGAAAGUUGAAAAGAUUAAGGUUUUAGACUGUUGAGGUUGUCUCUCGACGUGGGCUGUCGCCAAGAAUCAAAAGGGUUCAAGAAAGAACGGAGCUUUAUGCGAUCGCAAACUAACAGCAACCUCAAUCGAGUUUUGGGUUGUCUGUUGUUGUUCUGUUUUUCUUGUCUUUUUUUUUGAUUGAAGCAUUAUGGAGAUAGAGAAACCCAAACCUCAGAGGCUUUAUCAAGUCUGGAGAGGAAGCAAUAGAUUCUUAUUUGGAGGAAGAUUGAUUUUUGGUCCGGAUGUAUCGUCUUUGUUUCUUUCCACAUUCCUCAUUGCCGGCCCCGCGCUUGCAUUUUGUAUAAAGAUCUCAUGUAUCAUCAGACAUCGGAUAAGAGAAAACAAACCUGCUCUUUCAUGGUAUUCUGUAAUGAUUGUGGCUAUUGUCCUAACCAUGAUGGAUAUGUUCUUCCUCUUCCUUACAUCAAGUAGAGAUCCCGGAAUUGUUCCUAGGAAUACAAGACCACCUGAAUCUGAUGAAACAGUUGAAAUGAACACUCCAUCGAUGGAGUGGGUGCAAGGUAGAACUCCUCAUUUGAAACUUCCUCGGACAAAGGAUGUUAUCGUAAACGGGCACUCAGUUAAAGUGAAAUUUUGUGAUACUUGUUUGCUCUACCGUCCUCCCCGGGCAUCUCAUUGCUCCAUCUGCAAUAACUGUGUUCAGAGAUUUGAUCACCACUGUCCGUGGCUUGGCCAAUGCAUUGGUAUACGAAACUAUAGGUACUUCUACAUGUUUAUAUCAACAUCGACGAUCUUAUGCAUAUAUGUUUUUUCGGUGUCAUGGAUCAACAUUGUCCAUGAGAAAGACAACGUGUGGAAAGCCAUUACAAGUGAUAUUUUAUCAGACUUUCUGAUCAUUUACUGCUUCAUUGCUGUUUGGUUCGUCGGUGGCCUUUCAGUUUUCCACUUGUAUCUCAUUAGCACGAAUCAGACUACAUAUGAGAACUUCAGGUACCGCUACGACAAGAAGGAGAAUCCAUAUAACAAGGGGGUGAUCAAGAACUUUCAAGAAGUCUUUUUCUCUAAAAUCUCACCUUCGCUGCAUGAUUUCCGAGCAUUCGUUCAAGAAGAUGAAGUUAUGGUCAGAGAACCCACAGAUCACAAUUUCAUGGAAGACAGCAGUAGCUCGAAAGAAAAAAUUGAUAUCGGAAGUAAGUGUGGUGAAAACAACGGCCUUACACUCCCAGAGAUAUUGAGAAGCAUCGAAUGUGAUGAGAUUGAGGAGAAUCUGAAACACGAGGAAGGGGACGAUGGAACUGAUUCUAACAGGUUGGUCAGUCGUGUUGAACAAGAACCGGACAAACACGCGAUUGAAAUUGACGAAGAGAUAGUUGAUUAUGUAAAAUCAGAUCAAACGACAGCAUCAGUUCAAGCAUAGAACACAGUUUUCAGAAUACGAUACGAAAACAUCGUUGCCGGCUUUCAACUCUGUUUCCAGCAGGAAGUUCCAUACUCAUAGGACCCUACAAUGUUCAGAAUAAUCACUGCAAGUUCUUGCAACAGAACCAGGAAGCAAUUCUAGCUAGGAGACUGCAAACAUCAAAUAUACGAUGAUUUUGUUGUGUUUGUUGCUUUGUUUUAUUAGGGUCUUACCCGGCAAGUUCAAAAAUCUGACGGCUCUGACCAUACAUCACGUGCGACUUGCUCAUGAUUUCUUUGAUGAAUGAUGGAUGUUUUCAGAGACCAAUGGAUCUCAAGGCUUCUUUUAAUGUUUGUUCCAAAACAAUGUGUAAGAGAGAGUGUGUGUUGUGUGUCAGAAAAACAUACUUUAGAGCUUAGAUGGGAUAUUAUUGUCUCCAAAAUGCUGACGAGUUUCGAAAAUUC